AUGGUGUCAGUAGACCGCCAGCGCAUCAUCGAGACCAACCGGUCUCUGCGUCUCAUCAAGAAUUCUUCGACAGCAUCACCUCCCUCCUCCCCCGCCGAAGCCAGUCUCUCCGGCAGUACAUCCUCCACCCCCGUCCCAGCCGCCCCGCGUGCUGUUCCCGCCGCCGCCGCCGCCGCCGCCGCCCAACCUCAACCUCCUGUUCCCGUGGGCGGCGGCGGCGUGAGCUCCAUCGCCGCUCGCUUCCAACAAAACCCUCCUCCAGCCGUCAGCCAAGCCGCCAACGCCUUCUCCAACCUCUCCCGAAACAACCCCACGCCCUCCCCAGCUCCUGGUGCUCCGGCACCCCCAUCAUACGCCCAAUCUACCAGCAGUUCCAGUGCCCCUCCCCCGCCCCUACCAGGCCGCUCCCAACCACCAACACCGGCACCAGCAUCAAAGCCCAUAAUCGCCCACUGCAAAGCCCUCUACAAAUACGACGCCUCAGACGCGCGCGACUGCAGCUUCGACAAAGGCGACAAGAUCCACGUCUACGAGUACAUGAACGCCGACUGGUGGAUGGGUCGAUGCGUGCGUACGGGACAGGAGGGUAUCUUUCCCAAGAGCUACGUGGAGGUCGAAGCGGCGCCUGUGCAGAGCACGAAUGCGUGGGACUCUCAGGGCGGUUAUCAAAAUGAAAAGUCCGCUGCUGCUGGAGGGUACCCAGGAGCUGGGGGUUACGGAGCGGGUGGUCCGGGUUAUGGAGGGUACGAACAACCACAACCGACGUACGGUGGGGGUUAUGUAGCGCCCCCUCCUGGACCACCGCCUGCUGGACAGGUGUAUGAUCCUAAUGCCCCACAAGGUGAAAAGGAGGAGAGCAAGUUUGAGAAACAUGGAAAGAGCAUUGGAAAGAAGUUUGGAAAUGCGGCGGUUUUCGGAGCGGGUGCUACCGUGGGCGCUAAUUUGGUUAAUUCCAUCUUUUAA